CUCCCUCACUAUAACAUGUGUCGCCUCAGUCUCUCUGUGAAACUCGUGGACAUGUCGAGCCCCGGCAGCUCCGCGGCCUGUGACGGGAUGUACUCCCAGCUGAUCGAGAGCGAGGGCGGCUGCGACGAGCUGAGCCGCAGGACAGAUGUGGGACACGGGUCCCCAGGCAGACUGACCCCCAGGCUGAGCGGCCCCGGGCACUACCGCCUCGCCACCGUCUGCCUGGCAACACUGUGCGCCAUCCUGCUGGUCUCCAUCAUCGCUGUCGCCGCACACUAUAAAAGCACACGUCAGGGCGGCGGCGAAGUCGCCUCAGAGACGCAGAAACAGACGCAGGACGCGAACGUGUCGGCGCUGACCGCCACCAUCAGCGCACUGCAGCAGGAGAACAAGCAGCUGCAGCGAGAGAGGGACGAGCUGCGGGCCAAGUUGUCGGCCACCAAAGCUCCUGAGGUGAUCAGGCCGACCGCGGCGGCGCCGGCCCCUAUCGUCUGCCCCAUGGAUUGGCAUCUCUUCAACAGCAGCUGUUACUUAAUCUCCAGACUCUCAAGGGAUUGGCCGGAGAGUCAGUCUUACUGCCAGAGCAAAGGAGCUCACCUGGCCAUCAUCCACACGGCCGAGGAGCAGACAUUUCUGUGGGAUCUUCUUCCGAGAGGACACUGGAACUCCUACUGGUUUGGGAUCACUGACUCGGACACAGAGGAUCAGUGGAAAUGGGUGGACGGCACUCCGCUGGUCGGAGGUUUCUGGGAGGUGGGCGAGCCCAACAACCACAUCAACGAGGACUGCGGCUACAUGAUCAAAACGACCGUGUUGUCGCGAGUGGCGAUAAGGAGCUGGUACGACGCCCCGUGCACAAUGGCCUUGCCGUACAUUUGCGAGAAAGAGAUGGGCGGCGGUGCCAACGCGGCCGCACCCCACUGAGUCUUCUUUUUCUUACGGCCCAAUUUUUUUUUUUGCAUUAUGAUUUCACCUCGACUUUAAAUUGAAAAGAACAAAAAUAACUCUUCCACGGAGAAAAGCCUUUUGAUGAGAAAAUUGCUCUCCAGCUCUGUCAACGUAACAUAGGAUAUAACCGAUGCUACGGCGGCAUCGACGCGUACACGUUAUUCUUCAACAAAUAGUCAAACAGACAUCGGAGCUGUGGUUGCGGCCGUGUUGCAGGACCACAACACGAUGAGAUAGAUAUCGAAGAUAUUUCUGAUCCAACGUCGCGAGGAUCUCAGCGCUGACUGGCAGUAAAAAUGUUUCAACUUUUUUUUUAAGUCUCGUGUCUUAGCAUUGACCUUUCAUGUGAAUCUACUCACAACACACUUAAGAAUCGCUCGUAGCUCCGCCCUCGCAGGACUCUGAUUGGUCCGAGCCACCUCUGUGUUCCUUCGUGACUGAUUCACGCAAAACUGAAAUCUUAACUAGCUCAGAUAUUACUGAUGUUUUAAUGGUGCAACUUGAUUUCACAAAUUCCUCUUUUGAAACUUGUCACUACGAACUGAGGAAGAAAUUAGCCGUUGGUUUACGAAUAAUUGUUAUCCUCAUGGGUUUGUGUGUUAAUGAUGAAUUAUUGCUUUGCAUUCUCAAUGUACUACCAUUCUCACGAAGAGCGACCAAUCUGAAAAUCCAAUCCAAUUAUAUUUUACUUAUAGAAAAAAUAUACCUUAUCGGGACGUCAGUGGCUCCAUCUGGUGGUCACUUGGUUUAACAGCUACUUACAAUCGUUCAUGUACAUUAUUAACAUCCAAGUGGGUUUAUAGAAACAAAAGAAAUGAUGUCUCAUUUGUACACGCUUGUGUUUUAGAAAUCAUAGAUCAGGGAUUCAAGAUAACGAUUCAUGUUUUCAUUUAUCAUUUACAUGUGAAAUGGGAUUUUUUUUCCCAAUGAGUAUUUUCAUAUUAACUGUACAUUUGCGGGAGUUUGAUCUGAAGAGUCGAAAGUUUGAAUUUGAUGCACUUUCUUGCUCAGUUGAUUGAGUCUCAAUUAAUCAAAUCAUGUGAAAUUGAAAAAAACAAGUCCUGUGGAUCUUGUAAAUAAAUAAUAAACAAAAACAUUUUUGUAUCCUUAUCUCUCAGUGCACCUGGCCCCGAUAUAUAUAUAUAUAUAUAUAUAUAUAUAUAUAUAUAUAUAUAUUGGGGCCUAGAUUUAAAAAAAAAAAGUAAAAAUAUAUACAUAUGCAUAUAUAGUGUCGAUACACAAUAUAUGUUUGUGCAAACCUGUAUCAGGCCUCGAUCACAGGACGGACGGAGGUUUCACAGUUUGAUUUGAUUUUUGAUUUGAAUUUGUUUCUUUGAGUUUCCAGGAGACGCCAACAACUGAAAACUACUGAUCCUCAUGAAACACGAUGAGAGGAUCUGUUGUCUGUAACGUCUCCUCUCCGCACUGCAGUUGCUGCUGUUGUGGUUGUUGUUGUUGUUGUAGUCGUGGUUGUUUGCCAGCAGGUGGCACCGCUGACACAAGUUAACAUGAUGAGAGAAGCGUUUCCUCCUGAUAAAGAUAUUUUAAAAUAAGAGCGACAUGUACAUUCAUUAAUCAUUGAAUUUUUAAAGAGAAUACCUGAGUUCCAGUUAACUCUUUUCCAUGUGCAACACAAGAAUUACCAUAAUAAUAAUAAAAGUAUUCAUAAUA